AUUUGCCAUUAAUCUAAUAUAAUAAGUUAGUUUUCCUCUUACUACCAUUUAUUUUUUCUCUCUAAUUUUCAGGAACCAAGGGCAGCUGUGGAACAUGCUGAAAUACAACUGACAUAAGCAAUACUUGAGAACGAAACACUUCUUAUUCUUCGUAUGACAUAUGGUCAAAACAAGGGAUCAGUUUUCUGUCGAACCAUUUGUUAAAAGCAUUCCAUUGAGUGAGAUCAAAGGCUAACAGAUUUGCUCAUCUUGUAGCUCUCAUUGACUGAUUCAAGUGGGGAUUAAAUAGAUUGUUGUGUAAGUCAGCAUAUAAAUAUGGAUUAUAACAUAUAGCACAGUGCCACCAUCUUUGGUCACCCAUGAAUAGGACUGUAUCAUAUAUGGGAUAUGAUGUCAUUAUGAACAACACCGUGCAGAAUGACGUCACAAGUGAACAUAACUGGGGCGUUUUAUUGUUACUUCCCGUGAUUGUGUUCGGAGUUGUGGGGAAUAUUCUCGUCUGCAUGGCGGUCGUCAUGGAGAAGCGUCUACAGAGCGUGACCAACUACUUUUUGUUGUCGCUCGCCAUCACGGAUCUGCUCGUCUGUUUUGUCGUUUGGCCGCUCAGCAUUCUCAACGAGUUUGCAGGUUACUGGCCGCUGAACUUUGCGCUGUGUGACGUAUACACGACGUUAGACGUGCUAAUGUGUACGUCAUCUAUCCUCCAUCUUUGUACCAUCUCACUGGAACGAUUCAUUGCCAUCCGAAAUCCGCUGGCAUCCAGAUCACGGUCAAAAACAACAACCAGAAUAAAGAUUCUGUUGGUAUACGUCGCUGCCUUGGCCAUCAGUAGCCCCAUUAUGAUUUUGGGGAUCGUCGACCAUAACAACAUCCUCAAAAACCACCAAUGCGUGCUAAGUAACGAUAACUUCAUCAUAUACGGGAGUGUAAGCGCGUUUUACAUUCCGCUAACUAUUAUGGGGAUUCUAUUUGGCAUGACGAUACAGCUAUUACGAAAACAGUAUAAACUGUGCAACCCGAAUCAAAUUCGCGAUGGUGAGAUUCUAAUAAGACGGAUACAAAGCAGUAGAACCACGAGUUUCAAGAAGCGAUGGAAAGAACUGCAACAUGAACAGAAAAAGCCGCAUCGACAACAAGAAUCCUCAAGUAGCAGUUCUAAUCAAAGUAGUCCAUCCAAGAAGGAGCAGAGUAGGCCUUUGAUGACAGACUGUGUACAGCCAGUAUCAGGUACCAGCAAGUCUUUAGAGAAAAACAUUCAGUAUCCAAUAGCUGGACAAUCGUUCGACAUGUCUCAAUCUGAUGAAUACCGGUUACAAAGCUUAGAGAGAAAUCGUGAAAACGUCAUUCCUAUUGAUGAACUUUCGUCAGAUGAAGGAGUAUCUCAUUCACAUUCCGGGGAGACCAAUAAAUCCUCCCUACCUUCUAUUUCACGGCCUUUUUCCUGCGAUGUAGGCCCACUAGACCAACGGUAUAAUGAUUUAAACGACAAUGAAGCCAAGUCAGUGACACAAACGUUCAGUGCUCCUGCAGAGCUGCACUCAAUACGUCGCCAAAUUUCAAACUCAGGCUCACAAAACAGUUCUGUGGGGAACAAGAAAGACUCAGUAAAGCAAAAACAAGUGAAAAACUCUGUAAAAACCGAACAAAAGGCCAGCAAAACGUUAGGAAUUCUGUUUCUGUCUUUUGUGGUGUGUUGGGCACCUUUCUUUAUUGUGAAUAUUCUCACAGUGUUGUGCAAAUCUUGCGUAUUUGAUCGAGUGCUUAUGACAACAGUUCUGUACCUGGGGUACAUAUCCAGUACCUUGAACCCAAUAAUUUACACUGUAUUCAACAAGACGUUUCGGGCCACCAUGAUCAAACUGUUAAAGUGUCAGUACCGGGCUAUUCAGAGACCAAUGAGAAUUAAGGCCAUUUGUGUUGGACUUACUUACACACCCAAAAUGUACAAAAAUAAUGAAAAUGUUCAAAUACCGUUAUGACUUUGUUGUUUUUCAAAUAUUGGUCUGUUCCGCAUAUUGACAAAUAUAUUAGAAUGUUUUAUUAAUGUAAUAAAAACAGCAUAGAAAAUAUACCCUAGAAAUUUCUCUAUAAACAUUAUUUGAAAGCUUCCACAUUUCGUAAUGAUAACAGAAGAUUGCUCAAACAAACCAUUUCGGUGCAACAUUUUCAGCCUUUCUUGUAGAUUGUUCUUCAAUUAAAUCUGCCUAGUCCGUCAUAUGAGCACAGAUUAACAUUGCGCUAUAUUGAAAUCUACCAGCUGUAAGCUUAUCGUAUAGCAAAAUACUGUAUUACAUCAGUGCUUUGUUACCUUAGCGUUUAUUGUUUAAGUUUACUUUGCAUGUAACUUGCUUGUACAAUCUAUGUUACGGACUUUUGUGGUGGAUACUGUGCGUCAUGUUAAAACAUAUGAAACGUACUUCCAUUUUAGCCUUGUGCUAUUCGUUCUGAUAUUCUUUGUACAUUUUUGUUGCAUUGUUUUUUUGUAUGUUUGUUUUUGACCUUUUCAAGGGCACAAUUUUGCAUUGAGAGUAGGGCAAGUUAAAAUGAUUGCACAGAGUGGAAUAAUGUUUUCAGUAAAAACAGUUAUACGGUCUUAUGUGAAUAUCUAAUUUAAUGCUGAAACUGUUUGAAAAUUAGGAUUUGUAAGGAGAAACCUGGCCACUGCUGUCUACGUUUUAUUUCAUUUAUUACAGUUGGGUCUUAUUACCUAUGGUCCUCGUUUGUCCUGAAAAUGAUACGUUGUAUGGCUACUACAUUAUAAAUAGAAAUGAUAUGAUUCCGUAUUCCAAUUACCUUGAAAUUUUUCCCAGAUUCACUCAUUUAAACACAGCACUCUGCAGCCCUCUUAAUAUUAUCAGCGAAACAUUGUUAUAAAACAUCGUGAGAAAAAUCAAUUAAUUCCUUGAUUAAAUUAUUGUCACAAAUGCAAUUGAAUGUACUGCUUCUAUAUUCAAAUUUAACUUCGACUGAUUUUUCAUCUACUGAUUUUGUUUAGAAAUAUUCCGAUUACAAAACGGAAUCAGAACUACCAAGGAAUUGAGGUCAAACAAUACGACCCUUGAUAACGCUGGACUGGGUUGGACGAACAUUAUCCUUUUAACAAUUUUCAUAUAAAACUGGUAUGACACCAAAGGUAGUACAUUUUUUUGUACCUAGUAUAUGACGCAUUCGCAGUUCAGUUUAAAGUUUUGUUUCUUGAAAACAAUCUCGUUUUUAGCAUUGAUAGUUUUUCUUUUGAUGAUGUUAUUUAUUGUAUUACAAUUUGUCAAACGUGUAUGCAUUUUGUUUUUGUGCCAAUUUAAAAUUAAGAUACUAUUGUAACUAUACUGUAUAGUUUAAUAUAUUUUCCUAGUCAUUUCAUAUACGUGAUAAAAUGAACAAAACAUUUAUGUACAUACUUUCUUUUGUUUUAAAGUUUAUAUGUAAAUAAUUUCUAGUUUACAUAUUUAGAGAUUUUGAA